AUGGAGAAAGCCGCCUCCCGACCGCCUCGCAAGGACACUGUGUUGAGCCGCCGCUAUAUCGAGGGCUUGAUUGCAGAUGGGAAACAUGUCAUUAUCUUCGAGGGCCGUGUCCUGAAGGUAGACGCCUUUCUCAAGUUUCACCCCGGUGGAGAGAAACCAAUCAAGCACAUGGUAGGCAGAGAUGCCACAGAUGAGAUCAAUGCGCUACACUCCAAAGAAGCUCGCGAACGUAUGCUCUCGUUUCAAAUCGGCCGAAUCCAAGAGCCCUGGAUCAACUUCCUGCCUGUCAUCCAGGGUGGCAAGUUCCGGUUUUACACAGAAGAGACCUGCUCCAGCGAGGAGGAUCUGCCUAGUCAGGACACCUCCAGCCAGGAGGGAUCGCUACCACCCUCUCCGAUCUUCGACGCCAUCGACUCCAAGUCCGUGAUUCGCCGCAAACGUUCCUCGCCAGGCACCGAUAGCUCCGCAUCCACUCCACCAAACGAAGAAUCACACUCCAAGUUCGGCUUUCUGGACGCUCGAACCCGCGAUGAAAUAGCCCUAGAUACCUCAAAAUACCCCUCGCUGGAUUUCGCGUGUCAGGAAAACAUCAAGCAAAAAUACCGUGCGCUAAAUCAGCGCAUGUUGGAUGAGGGCAUGUUCGAUUGCAACUAUUGGGCCUAUUUUGUUGAGUGCUGCCGUUACACACUCUUCGCCGCGCUGGCCUAUACGUUUCUGCGCAUGGGCUGGUGGGGGACGUCCGCGUUCUGGCUUGGGUGUGUCUGGCAUCAGCUUGUGUUUACAGCCCAUGAUGCUGGCCACAUGGGAAUUACUCACAAUUUCCACUUCGACACCGUCAUUGGUAUCAUUAUUGCAGACUUCAUUGGAGGUCUGAGCUUAGGGUGGUGGAAGCGCAGCCAUAAUGUACACCAUAUCGUGACCAACGAGCCCGAGCACGAUCCCGAUAUUCAGCACAUCCCGUUCUUUGGCAUUUCACAUCGCUUUUUCAACAGCCUGCGGAGUACUUACUACGACCGUGAAAUGACCUUCGAUAUCCCAUCUCAGUCCUUGCUCAAACUACAACAUUAUACCUACUAUCCAAUUAUGAUGCUUGCCCGCUUCAAUCUCACCCGUCUGAGCUGGGAGUACUUGCUGAAGGGUCAAGCGCCUAGAAAAGGCCCGGCAUGGUGGCACGUUUAUCUCGAGUUUGUUGGCCAGGCGUUCUUCUGGUACUGGUACGGUUACGUCGUGCUUUACAAAACUAUUCCCGACUGGAGCAGCCGCCUGCUCUUCCUCUUGGUGUCCCACGUCAUCCCCUCCCCCUUGCAUGUCCAAAUCACACUGUCGCAUUUCGCUAUGUCCACUGCCGACCUCGGGAUUCACGAAUCUUUCCCCCAGAAAAUGCUGCGCACCACUAUGGAUGUCGAUUGUGCCCCUUGGUUGGACUUUUUCCACGGUGGUCUGCAGUUCCAGGCUAUCCACCACCUUUACCCUCGGAUGCCACGUCACAAUCUCCGUCAGGCCCAGAAGUAUAUCCUAGAAUUCUGUCGCGAAACCGAGAUUCCGUACGCUAUAUUCACGUUCUACGACGGCAACAAGGAGGUCAUCAGCCGACUCGGCGACGUCGCCAAGCAGCUUCGCAUCAUGGAAGAGUGUCGAAAGUCGAUUGCGGAGGAGGGCGUCUUUUCCCAUCAUCACUGA